UAGCCUCGCCGCGGUCGCCCUGCGCGUGCGCGUCUCCUCCACCGAACCGUCCGCCGUCGUUGCCGUCGCCGUCGCGGUACAUAUACCUGUCAAACCAUCCCGUCCCUUCCUCUACCUACCGUCUUCUUGGUACUGUCAGCUAUAAGCUGUACCGCGUCACAGCAUGGCGCCUGGGCUGCGGUUCCCGCCGGCGUUCGCCCUCGUGCAGCUCGUGGUCACGCUGCUCGCUGUGCUGCCUCGCCAUGUUGUGCCGGACCUAGCCGGCGACCGCGACGCGCUGCUCGCCCUGCGCACCGCCGUGGGAAGUCAUCUGAAGUGGGACCUCUCGGUGUCCCCGUGCCAGGGGUGGCAAGGCGUCAGCUGCAGCCCCGGCCCCAACCAGCGCGUCGUGGAGGUGCGGCUAGUUGCCAAGAGCCUGAGCGGGCAGAUCCCGGUCGGCACGGUGGGCAACCUCACCGCCCUACAGACGCUGUCGCUCCGGUUUAACGCCAUCUCCGGCCCCAUCCCGGCGGACAUCGGCAGCUGCACCGAGCUCCGGUGGCUGUACCUCAAGGGGAACCGAUUUGACGGCGACAUACCGGAGAGCUUCUUCUCGCUGGCAUUGCUCAAGAAGGCCGAUCUCUCCGGGAAUCGCCUCACCGGCGGCGUGUCAUCAGAGUUCAACAAGCUCGGGAACCUCGCCACGUUGAACCUCGAGGGCAAUAACCUUAACGGCGCGCUCCCGAGCGGCCUUGACCUCCCAAAGCUCACGCAGUUCAACGUGUCCUACAACGGCCAGAUCGAUGGCCCCGUGCCCGCGUCACUCGCCGGGCUGCCCGCGAGCGCCUUCCUCGGGACGGCGCUUUGCGGCGGCCCUCUCGCUGCUUGCCCCAACUCCGACUCCGAGGCCCACAAGAGUCGCAAGCUAACCCUUGGCGCCAUCGUCGGCAUCAUCAUCGCUGCGUUGGUCGUUCUCAUCGUCAUCCUUUCAAUCUGCGUUCUCAUCUUCAGCCGGCGGCGGCGGGCGGCGGCCGGAAGGUCCACCGAGGCCGCGGCCGACGUGCACGAGGGCACGGAGCCUAUAACGGUGACCGUGGCGAUGACGGGCAGGGACGCCGUGAAGCGGUCGCACUCCCCGCCGGGUUCGCCGUUGAUCGGCGACGGCAAGAAGCUGGUGUUCCUGGGCAGCGCGCCGGAGAGGCCCUAUGACCUGGAGACGAUGCUGCGGGCGUCCGCCGAGGUGCUCGGCAAGGGCGUCCACGGGACGACGUACCGUGCAACGCUCGACGGCGGCGAGCCCGUCCUCGCCAUCAAACGCCUCCGCGAUGUCCACCUCCCUGAGCGCGAGUUCCGGGACAGGGUGGUCGCCCUCGGCGCUCUCCGCCACGACAACCUGCCGGGUCUCCGCGCCUACUUCUACAGCAAGGAGGAGAAGCUCCUCGUCUUCGACUUCGUCGGCGCCGGCAGCCUCUCCUCCCUUCUCCACGGCAGCGGAGCGGAGCGCCUCGACUUCACGACGCGCGCACGGAUCGCGCUGGCGGCGGCGCGCGGCGUGGCGUUCAUCCACGGCGGAGGGCCCAAGGCGUCGCACGGCAGCAUCAAGGCGUCCAACAUCGUCGUCAGCGGGAAGCGCGACAGCGCCUACGUGGCCGACUACGGCCUGGCGCAGCUCGUCGGCACAGCGGGGCUGCCGAAGCGGGGCACGGGCUACCGCGCCCCGGAGGUGACCGACGCGCGCGUCGUGUCGCAGAAGGCCGACGUGUACAGCUUCGGCGUGGUGGUGCUGGAGCUGCUCACCGGGCGCGCGCCGACGCACGCGCUCCCGGAUGGCGGCGCCGGCGGCAGCGGCGUGGACCUCGCGCGGUGGGUGCGGUCGGUGGUGCAGGAGGAGUGGACGUCCGAGGUGUUCGACUCCGUCAUCGGCAGCGAGCCGCGCGUGGAGGAGGAGAUGAUGCGGCUGCUGCAGCUCGGGAUGGAGUGCACCGAGCAGCACCCCGACCGGCGCCCGACGAUGGCCGAGGUGGAGGCGAGGAUCGAGCGCAUCGUCGAGGACGCGAGCCGGAGGGCCGACUUCAGCAGCACCGACGGCAGCCGGAGCGUGUCCGCAUGAGCAUCACCGGCCAUAUUCUUUUUCAAGGUCUAUAAGAGUUUUUUUUUUUUUUUGUAAUGAGACGAUUAGGUUUAUAUUUGUUACUGUAUUUGUUGUUCUACAAUAAUGAAGGCGCUUUCAUUUGACUCAUAAGCUUAUCGCAAGGGUUUGCAUA